AUUUUGGUCUAUUCAAAGUUGAAAGACGAUCAAAAACCCUAACAGUGCUCUGUCGGAUUUUCUUUUCCUUUUAGUAAAAGAAAAAGAAACCCACCCUCCAAAUCCAAGACCUCCUUGGAUCCUCCCUCCCAUCUCCGCCUCCUCCGAGUAAUUUGAUCUCUUCUCCGUUGGCUGCAGAGCAUAACACGGAGCUAAGCACACGGCCGACGACAAAAUGAGCGAAGAUUCAUCCACUAGUCCUCCUCCUCCUGCUGCAAACACAAAUGAAGCAGAGAAGAGUACAAUAGAACCAAUUCGAAUGCCUACAAUCGAAGAAGUAAGAGGCCAAGAUAUUUGGAACAACUGUGCUGUUCGUAGCGUUGCUAGCGGCGUCAUGGGAGGUGGACUAGGGCUAGCUAUGGGGUUGUUUCUUGGUGCAUUGGAUAAUCCAAUAAUGCAAGAUGAGAUGAGUGGUAGACAACAGUUUAUCUAUACUGCAAAACAGAUGGGUAGAAGGAGCUGGGGUUCCUGUAAGGCUUUUGCAGUUAUGGGGUUUAUCUUCUCAGCUGCUGAAUGUGUUGUUGAAAAGGCACGAGCAAAACAUGACAUGACAAACACAGUUGCAGCUGGGUGUGUGACUGGGGGAGCAAUUUCUGCAAAGGGAGGUCCAAAGGCAGCUUGUGUUGGUUGUGCAGGAUUUGCUGCUUUUUCUGUUGUGAUUGAGAAGUUUCUAGAUAGACAUGAUUCAUGAAUGAGAAAUGAGACAUCAAUUUUUGAAGAUACAAUAAAAUAAAUUGUUACCCCAUUUACAAUUUUCCUACAAAAAAUAGAAGCAUAGGAUGUGUGACACAAGCAAGAUAGGUUAAACAUUGUUCAAUUUUGGAAUUUCGUUACUUUGAUAAAAUGGGAACCAUUGCUGAUUGUUCGUAGAUUAUUGGAACUUGAAAAAGAAGUUGGAAAUUUUGGAAAUGUUUCUUGUGUAAUGUAAUAACUAAUCAAACUGUUUCAAGAACUUUAUUGUGGUUAUUUUGUUGAUGAGAUUGAAUUGGUAUGACA